ACCUUUUAAAAAUAUCUCUGUUUCUUUUUUGCAAAGGCAAUGUCAACGUUCGCCUUUCUUCUCAACGCUGCAACCAUUUAAAACCCAACCUAAUAGCUCCACCUCGAUCAAAAAUAAAAUUGAAGAGGAAAUUCAAGCCAUAAUGAUCCAGAUGGUUUGGUCUCAAGAAAUAGCUUCAAAAGCUUAUGUAGAUACUGUUAAAGCACUGUGUCCAAAAAGUUUCAAAGAACCGGGGGUGUCGGAGUUCCUAUCAGCCAUGGCCGCCGGCUGGAACUCGAAGCUGAUCGUGGAUUCAUGGUCAUACGGUGGUCCCAUAGCAACCAGCGUCGGCCUUGCCGUAGCAGCCCUUCACACGUGCGGAAGACACGUCUGCGUAGUCCCGGAUGAGCGGUCGAGAUUGGGCUACGUCGAGGCCAUGAAGGAAGCCUGGACGAUGUCUUCAUCGACUGCGGUGAUCGUCGGAGAAGCGAAGGGAGUGAUGGAAGGGCUCCACGGCGUUGAUUUCCUGGUUGUAGACUUAAAUCGGAAGGAUUUCGGUAGGGUUUUGAGGUACGCUAAAUUGAGUCACAAAGGUGCAGUUUUGGCAUGCAGGAGCAGGAGCGCACGUCAUGGGGGAAUUUCUGGGUUUAGAUGGCAUGGAUUGCUUGAGAAAGGAACACGUAUCGUGAGAUCUGUAUUCUUGCCGGUUGGGCAGGGAUUACAUAUUGCUCAUGUAGGGGCUAGCAGUGGGGCCGUGGGAUCCAAGAAGAGUCCUAGCCGUUGGAUUGAACUCAUCGAUCAACAAUCAGGAGAGAAACAUGUUUUUCGAGGCUAGAAAAAAGAUCGGACGGCAAUCCUUUGUAAAUAGCUAUGAAUAUUUAAUAUCAAAUGGUUAAAGUCAUCUUUGAACAA